GGCUCCGCCCCUCCGGGAAGAGGGGGCGGGCGGCGCGGGGCGAGCGCGCGAGCAGGGCCGGAGCCCGCCUGGGAGCCCGUGGAACCCAGCGCAGCCAGCGGAGCGCCUUGGGCGGCGGCGGCGCGCGCGAUGGCUCCGGCCGCGGACCGUGAGGGCUACUGGGGCCGCACGACCUCCACGCUAGACUGGUGCGAGGAGAACUACGCGGUGACCUGGUACAUCGCUGAGUUCUGGAAUACAGUGAGUAACCUGAUUAUGAUUAUACCUCCGAUUUUUGGUGCAAUUCAAAGUGUUAGAGAUGGACUGGAAAAGCGGUACAUCGCUUCUUAUUUAGCGCUCACAGUGGUAGGCAUGGGAUCCUGGUGCUUCCACAUGACUCUGAAAUAUGAAAUGCAGCUAUUGGAUGAACUCCCAAUGAUUUACAGCUGUUGUAUGUUUGUGUACUGCAUGUUUGAAUGUUUCAAGAUCAAGAACUCAGUAAACUACCACCUGCUUUUUACCUUAGUUCUAUUCAGUUUAAUAGUAACCACAGUUUACCUUAAGGUAAAGGAGCCUGUAUUCCAUCAGGUCAUGUAUGGAAUGUUGGUCUUCACAUUAGUACUCCGAUCUAUUUAUAUUGUUACAUGGGUUUACCCAUGGCUUAGAGGACUGGGUUAUACAUCCUUGGGUAUAUUUUUACUGGGAUUUUUAUUAUGGAACGUAGAUAACAUCUUUUGUGAUUCACUGAGGGACUUUCGAAAGAAGGUGCCACCUAUCGUAGGUGUGACCACCCAGUUUCAUGCAUGGUGGCAUAUUCUAACUGGCCUUGGUUCAUAUCUUCACAUCCUUUUCAGUGUAUAUACAAGAACACUUUACCUGAGAUGCAGGCCAAAAGUGAAGUUUCUCUUCGGAAUCUGGCCAGUGAUCCUGUUGGAGCCUGUCAGGAAGCACAGAUAAAUUAUUCCACCAAGAAAACAAAAACAUACCUGCCAUAGGCCUGGUCAAAGGAAUGAGGAGAUCCUUAAAGAUCUACGUGUUCAAAUACAUCACGACCAUCGCAGCCGAGGAGCGACGACUCUCUGACUGGUGCUGCCAGGCACACAGAAUGAGGAAUGGGGCUCGUUGGAUGCGUAGCCUAUGUCAUUAUCUCCUUUGUCCUCCUCACCCUCACCCUAAGAUGUUAAAAAGAAACAGACGUGAUAUGUCUAUGUAUACUUGAAUGCUAGAAAAAUUGGGCUUUUCUUUAACAGGUUAACAGUUUGUGCUGAUCAUAGGAAAUUUACUAUUUCCUCUUUUUUUGACAAGGGUUGCAUGUGAAUUAUACUUUCUUAAUAUUUGGUUAAAUAAUGAAAUCACUAUACUGGCAACACCCUGGUCGUCUCCAGAAGACCAGCUAUGAGCUAGUACUUAGCUGUGUCAGCCUUGAUUUGUAUUUUUGUCCAAGUAACCUCAUGACAGUUGGUUUUCCAAGGUUUUUUUGUUUUGUUUUGUUUUGUUUUGUUUUGUUUAAAGAGCUAUCAGUGGGAUUCUGGUAGUUUUUCACCGUCUGCCUCUGUGCUAAUCGGAGGGUGUCAUAAGCAAGCUCAGACCUGCCACUGGGUUGUCACACCCCUGCUCUGGCUUGUCUGUGGGUGGCCACAGCCAAUCAGAGCAGGAGGGUCACCUUACAGCCUUUAUGAAGGCGAUGAGGACACCUGUGCAGAAAGCCGUAUCUGCAGACAUUGAAGGCGGUUGUUCUGUUUCCUUUGAUCUUUGCAGAUCUCCGAGUGGUUACUGUUUUUAUGGUUAGGCAAACAUGGUCUGGUCUACCCAUAUUCUGUCCUCCCAGCAUAACUUAUUUGAGGUUACCAGUGAAUGUCAUUAUACUCUGACAUUUUAAAUUAUGCAAUAUUUUCCAGUUUUCAGAGAAAAUGUGUUGAGUUAACUAGAGCUAAAUGGUCAGGAUCCUAUUUACAUAAACUUAUAUUAUUUAGAAUAUCUGCUCCUUCAUUUUCUGAAGGAAAUAGAUUUAAGGGUUGAGAACAGUUCUAACUUACUUGAACUUGUAACAGAACUCCCAAAGGUUAAAGUGCUGAAAAACAGCAGUGAAAUAUCACUGUAAGGCAGCUCGUGCUAAUUUGAAUUUGAAUGUAUAACAAAUCGUAUCACUUUUCACAAACAUAAUACCUGUCCAGGUUUAAAAAUUUAAUUUGACCACCCCUUUGCUCAUAUAUUACCAUAUUUGUAGCUCUACACCAUUAACAUUUUUAUGACUUUACUUGCUUAUACAUUAUUAUAAACUUCAGAUUGUUGCCAUGAGCUUCAAAAGGAAGCUCAUUUUUUCUUAUGCAAAGAUAUUAAACACUUCUGUCAUUUUCCCAGUAUUCAGUAAGUAGCCUUAGUACAAAUUUAAAACCAGUACAAAUUCUGUCCUUUUUUCACCUACUUGCCUUAGUUUUAAUCCAAAUAGUAUUUUCCUUACCUUAACAUGCCAUUAGGCGGAUACUUCCGCCUGCUUUUAUGAUCCUCCAGACAAAAAAGCACUUGCCAAAACAUAAAUGUAAAAGAACUGUGGUCGUGCCUUAGGAAAACAUGAAACUAAACAGUUCCCACACACAGCCCACGAGAUCGUUCUUUCUUUUACCACAAGGUUCUGACUCCUGGCUGCAUUUCAUGUGCAGCUGCCUAGGCUGUCUGCCAUCUUACAUUGUUUAAUGAGUUCCAUUUGUUUCACACCAUUGUCUUUUGUGCAUUUCACUCAAGAUAUACUUCUGCUUAAAGAAUCUGUAUAGAAACAGGCACCUCCUUAAUGACAAUGCUGCAAAACACAGGGCGACUGAGACUCUCCAGCAUUGAAGUCAGACUGAGUGAGCGGAGGGCUCACGCUCGCAGGGCCCUUCCGCUUGUCGGGUGAGCAGGCAGCCCCACUGGGUGAGUGGAGCUGUCCUGGAGAAGUGCGGGGGCCCCUGGGGGACUUGUAACAUUGUGGCCAAUUUUUCAAAGUUCUUUGUUUCUGUCAGGAAAACAGAUAGCAUCAAACUGUUUUGCAAGUGUUGGGCAAACAGCAGAGACUAAAACCAGCCUUUUUCAUUUUCCAAGUUAGUUUUCACCCCACGUGGCUCUCUUUUUGGCAACCUAAGUAAGUAUUAGCAUACUCAAGACUUUGUUCCUGUGCCACAGCACGUAUUUUGGAAAUACUGCUAACCUUUAGGACAUUACUAAAUCACCUUUAUUUCAAUGGUUUUGUUUUUUCCUUCUCGGAUUCUGGGUAGGCAUCAUAGGGUUAGAUUACUUCCCCUCUCCUUGCCCUUUAUUUUCUUGGAAGACUUCCUGUUAACUAGAACACACACACACACACACACACACACACACACACACACACACACUCCCCUUUCCUCUAAGCAGAUAACGGUUUAUUUGCGUAUUACCUGAUGUGAAGGGUACUCAUCUGUGAGCCCGUUAGCAAAUCAUAUUUUAGAAAACAUUAAUCCUUCAUGAGGAGGUGAAAGAGGUGGUUUGUUUGCACAUUUUAAUAUCCUUCCUGUGCUGCCAUUUUCACUCCAGAAAAUUAAAAAGAAUUAGAAUUUUUUUUUUUUUUUUUUUUACAGAAAAACUGGGGGAAAGGUGGUUGUGUCAGUCAGAUUGGUCAUUCUGUCCGCUCCUCCCCACCUUGGCAUUUCCGGGACACAUGGCCACCGCUGAAGCCAUCUCUUUGAUCCUUGUGAUAUAUAAAUUGAUCAUUAACAGGAGAAACAUUCAUUUUUGAAUAGUCUACAAACAGAGAGAUCCAAAUAGUAAUAUGUGGUUUAGCAGAAUUCGAUCAAAUAUUAUGGUUAAACUUUAUUGCAAAAUUUCCAGGACUGUUAAUCUGGGCUUUCCUCACACUGAGAGGAUUUUUCUUACGCUAAGAGGAGGAAUGAGUCAAAGAAAAUCAAGAGACAAAAAAUUUCAGGUACACAAUGCAUGAAAGUCCUUAAAUACCUGCAAAAAGUUCCAUUUUAAUGCAAACACUUUCUGAAUUUAGCCAAUGUCCCUAAAAGUGUUUAAUAAUUUAAGGUUAUUUUGUAUGUUUUAUAGGUUCCAUGUUACGUUACUCUUGAAAAAAUCAUUUGUUGCUAAGUGUACAGUUUUAGCUCCCAAGUCCACAUUCACAUGACAGAAGAAAUCCUUCUAACCCUGUGGUUUAUGACGUGCUACUGGACAAGCAGUUGUGUAAAACAGGAAUUUCAAAGUGAACCAGUUAUCGCUGGGGUUUGCAACUCUGUGGUGAUUUGCACAUCUACCUCCGCCCACAUUGUACAUCAUGUCAGUGCCAUAGUAUAAUUAGCUUGGUAACUUUGUCUUGUUUUUUAGUGUCUAAAGUUACAGCUUGUUCACUGUGCUGUAAACAUUUGGAAAUGACUAAAAUUUGGCUAAAAGUAGUUAAACCUCUUUGGGGGAGCUAUAAAAUGAAAAAAAAAAAAAGAAGAAUGGUCAUGACCCAUCUGACUGGAGAAAUUCAGCGCUGUUUUUUUUAAACUGUUGUACUUCCUUCAAGAAUAAGGAAACUUUUACUUUAACAUCCAACUGUAACAGCUGGGUGGGAGUAAGUCGUCAGAAUUGCGGAGGUCUAUAUGAGCGUGCCGCUGGACUUAAUCUUCUGUUGGAGAGGAAGUCUUUCCUAUCCUUUUAGAUUCAGUAGUUGGGGGCCUGACAAAUGACAGGUUAGCAAGAGGAAAGGCUUUUACUCACAUACUUACAUGGGAGUGCAGAGAAAAAUGUACCUCAAGGAGGAAGAAUUUGGGGCUUAAUAAGGAAAAGGGCUGGGGACGGAGGGCACUUACAGGAAAACAAAUGACUUUUAGGAAAGAUAAUGGGGCCUUAGGAGAACAGGUGGGAGAGACGGUAGUUUCAUGACUGUCUGUUCGGGUGUGGAACUCCCAGGGGAGAGGAUUUAUGACAGUUGAGUUCUUUUGGAAGAUAAAAGGACUUCAGGAAAAUGAAAGGCUUCUUCCUGCAUUUGCUCAUUCCCAGAUGCCUUCAGCUCAAAAUAAUUCUUUUGCCACAGUGCUAUAUUCUGUGCCCCUUUUCUUCCCAUCUUAAAACCUCCUGUUUAUAAUCUGUUGGAGCAGAUUAUAAACUCAGUCUCUGAGUGCAGAGGGCAGCCACAAGGGCCUCCAGAUGUCAGCCCUGAAGUCCCUUUAGGUGGUGGAGUAAGGACGAAAGUGGCAGUGUCUGUCAUGGUUGUUUCCUGGAGCUCAAAGAGCCACGUUCCGGUGAACUUCCUGAGAGUCACGAGUGAUCGUAGUGAUAAGUCCUUUAAAGUCACAGCAGGUUGUCCAGCUUCAGCUUGCAUGGCUUCAGGAAAAGGGCAGUUUUAGUUCUUAGUGAUACCAAGUCAGGAAUGGGAGAGAACUGGAAAUGUACCUUACUGGAAAAAUGCAUGAGACGGCAGGAUCCAGCUUACAAACAGGUGAAAUAAAAUAGCCCAACGAGAACAAACAGGACUAGAAUCUAGUUUUCCCCUGAAACAAAAUUUCUCUCUACUCGCCCUCAUUUUUAUCAAAAACAAUCAGGGUAAGACUAUUUUUAUUUGCAAAACAAAUCUAGUCUCAUCAAACUUGACCUGAUAGGUUAAGUGCAACAAAAAUAAUAAUUGAUGACAGAGGCCUUUUAAACUUUGUUUUGCUCGGACUUUCACCAGGGAUUUCAGAUUGGACAUUUUAAAGCCUCGAGGCUAGGAAGCCAGGCCAAGACCUCACCACCGUCAGGCUUCACCUGCAGUACCUGCAGGUUUAGAUCAACUCAUCCUUCUCAGGGCCCCCAAAAUAUUCUGAGCUUUUUGGGCUGCCACAAAGUGGCCCUCCUCACCGGUAAGGCUAGGAACCCUGCAAGGGUGCCAGGCCGGUUUUCCAGGGGAGCUUUGUAAGCGUUGGCUCCUUGUAAGUCAAACUUAGUACCUUAAAACUAGUCAUUUCUUACUUGAUGCGUAUCUUCUCAAAUGUGACAUUCUAGUCAAAGCCCUGGUAACAUAACCAGUGCUUCCAGCCGUGUCCUGUUGAUACAAGGAGAACAAGUUCUUUUUGGACAUAGUCGAAUAACUAUGUUACCAUACAAAUAAGAAUAUGCAAUAAGAAUUUCCAAGUUUUGGAGGGAUCAGACAAGGAGAAGAGAUAAAUGUUUUAUUUUUGUUUACAAAGAUAUAAUCUAAAUUCUGUAAGUUAUAGAUAGCUUAAAAGAGUUAAAGGGGUUUCUUAAAUCUGGAAAACAGAAGAUUAAAGAACAGCAGUACUAAGGUUUAGUAAUUAGUGAUCCAGUAUCUUAUCUCAUUUGGAAGUGACCUAGACCCAGAUACAGGUACUGCUUCACUUGAAAUUCAAACUGAAGAUAAAGCUCGGGUUUUGGACCAUAAACUUUCACCCUGGGUCAUGAAACCUUGACAUCAUGGAGGGAAAAGUGGAAAACAUAAGGGGUAACAACUUGCACCAAACGCCAGUCCUUCUUCUAGCAGGCCGUCAGAGCAGCUAAGGAGAAGGCAUCACUAAAGAAUUGAAACGAUUAUUAGCUACAGAAUUUCUGCUGUUCGUGCACAUUCAGCCAUUUGGAAGAAGCAGUAAUGACCUCUGGCCUCUGUUUUAAUACACUUUACAUAUCUAGUAUUGUUUCCCAAGACCUUCAUUUGUCAUUAAAUUCAGAAAGUUACUAUCCAUUUUGAUAGCUAAUGUGGAAAAUGAUCACAGGAACAUUUCCUACUAGAAAGCCCUGAAACCUAACUCAAAUUCAAUCACAGGCAUGUGUGUGACCUGAAAUCGCCCCACUCCGGUUAGCUCAGCAGCUGGCAAUAUUACGCCAUCAACCACAGGUCACCCUUUGCUCACAGGUCCUUUCAACCUCAUUAACAAAACCUGCUUCAUUGCUUUAAAGACAACAGUGUUGGUAAUUAAACUAGAUGUAGUCCUUGGCACCAUAUUUUUCGGACUAUAAGAUGCACCCCCCAAAUUUGGAGAAAGGGGGUGCGUCUUGUAGUCCAAAUGUAGCUUACCUGGCUUGCUGUAGGGGGGGCAGUGGAGCAGGGUCACAGGUUAUUAAAUAUUUUACCACAUUCUUUUGCUUCAAUUUUUUUUCUAUUUUCCUAUAAAACCAUGUGUCUUAUAAUAUGAUAAUUUAAAUUUUCACCAAAUCAUAAGGUUCUGAAACAUGGAGAUGUUAGAUCUGCAGAUCACCACUUUUAAGUUGAGUUUACAGAGCUAACUCAGGUUGCAGCAGGGUACAUGCAUUAGAGAAAUCUUUAAGCACAUACACACACAUCCCUAUAAAUACUCAUGCUGAGGUCAUCUUCACCCAAAAGAUGAUACAAGUGUUCUGUGAUACCAAAUGGCCGUGGAACAGAGGCAGGCAGACUACAGCCCCGGGCCAAGUCCAGUCUGCAGCGGUGUGGCCUGAAAGGUGAGAAUGGUUUUCACAUUACAAGUGUUGAUUGAACAUAUAAAGACCUGCGAAGCCUCUACGGCUCGCCCUCUGGCUCCGGAAGGCCUUCAGCAGUGAGCUCCGUAGUAGAAGUCUGGUCGUACUUCUUACUGCCCUUCUCUGCAAGGUGGUUCAGUGUGUGUGUGUGUCAGAAUGAAAUAUUUUAUACAUUUGAAAUCUCUCACUUUGUUGAAUGUAAUCAUAUGAUUUGUGUUUAAAUAUUUACACUAUAAAAUUAUUUCUUCAUAAUCAGUUUUACUAGAUUGGCAGGAGUCUGCUGCAAAGUGCCUAAACCUUUGAAAAAAUUACAUGAUUUUGUUUUUGUUAUAAAGGGAAUUCCACUCUGUGCUGUAAAAUCCAAAAACGUUAGCUGCAUUUAUCUUUUUGAGUUGACUUCCAGAAAGCUGAGCUCUUUAGACCAUUUGUCUCACGCCAUGCAGUAGCUGCAGAGGUACUAAUAAGCUGCACCAUAGUCGUGUACACAUUUUUUUUUUUUUCAAAAGGAAAAGUUCAAAGAUUUUUUCCACAAGUAGUUUGUGUUUCUUUUUGGCUCUUUCUAGAGCCAAAUUAAUGCUUAUUAAUACAUGAACCUAUUUUAAGAAAUAGCUAUUAUCAAUUUCUGUUUAAUGCACUGAUUGGGCAUUGUUUAUUGUCAAGCAUUUUCAUAUUUUUAAUAUUUCUGAGUCAUUUAUCAAUGUGACCAGCAGAUAAACUGUUCAAGUUAA